CACGUCCCACGGGCCAUCUUCGUGGACCUGGAGCCCACUGUGAUCGACGAGGUUCGGGGAGGAGUCUACCGCCAGCUCUUCCACCCUGAACAGAUGAUCACCGGUAAGGAGGAUGCUGCCAACAACUACGCCCGUGGGCACUACACCAUCGGCAAAGAGAUCAUCGACCAAGUGCUGGACAGGAUCCGGAAGCUGGCUGACCAGUGCACGGGACUCCAGGGAUUCCUUGUUUUUCGUAGUUUUGGAGGGGGAACUGGCUCUGGAUUCACCUCCCUGUUGAUGGAGCGUCUCUCUGUUGACUAUGGCAAAAAGUCCAAGCUGGAGUUCUCCAUCUACCCUGCACCACAGGUCUCCACUGCUGUGGUGGAGCCCUACAACUCCAUCCUCACCACCCACAGCACAUUGGAGCAUUCGGACUGUGCUUUCAUGGUGGACAAUGAGGCCAUCUACGACAUCUGCCGCAGGAACCUGGACAUCGAGCGCCCAACCUACACCAACUUGAAUAGACUCAUUAGCCAGGUUGUCUCAUCCAUCACAGCAUCACUGCGGUUUGAUGGGGCCCUGAAUGUCGACCUGACCGAGUUCCAGACCAACCUAGUG